AUGGCGCCAAAAAGGUGCAUUCAACGACGGUUGGAUGCGGUCAACGGCCCGGGCUGGACUGCGAAGAGAGGCACUCUCUACGCUGAUGAUAUGCAUUUUCAAUGGAUCUUUCGACAGGACAGCGAGCUUCAUCAAAUCCGCUUGGAAGUGCUCAAUAUCUUCAGGGUACUUAAGGACCUUGGAAUGAAAGCCAACCCUGAUAAAAGUAGCUUCCUCAUUAGCGCCCGGGGACAACAAGCCCACAAAUGGAUGAAACGUUGGAUCCGCAAGGACUCUGAAGGCCAGAAGCAAUUUCACUUUGGAGGAGCCAAGGCCGAUCGAGUUCCGGUUGCCACGCAGUUUACCUAUCUAGGGGUGAUUUUGUCUUAUCAGAUCUUUGAGCUUGCUACUGCACGUCAUCGCAUUGGUGUUGCGGCUGGUCACAGAGACAGGUUGCGGAAAGUUCUUCAUGCCAGGCGGGUUCUUAGUGUGGGACACCGCCUCAGACUGUGGAAAAUCAUGGUACAGACUUCGCAGCUAUAUGCUCUGGAGGUGGUUGGUCUCACCCAGGAAACCGCCAAACUUCUGCAUGUGCAGACCAUGCGGCACUUGAGGGCCAUCGUUGGCUCUGCUCGACAUGUGGAUGGUGACUCAGACCAGCUGUUUAUGUUGAAACACGGCUUCCCAGACUGUGUGGAGUUGGUUCGCGCAAGGUGUGAUACUUUUUGCAACAGGCUCUCUCAGCCUGAUUCUGAGGCACCGUGUUUCGAUGCAACUGCCAUUCAUCAGUGGGCUCAGCAGGUGCGAGGUGCACUCCCUGCGCCUUAUGUGGCCAAGCCCAUGUCAGGACCCACACAGGCCAGCCCGUCCAAGAUUGCACCGGAAGCCCCUGCGUCUCAGCCGAACAUUGCUACACCGCAGGAUUGCCAUGAGGAUGCUGCUGAGCCUCCCGAGGCUCCGCCUGUCCCAGAUGGGCUGCCAGGCUCACCGCAACCAACUCCUUCGGAGUUGCAGGUGCUACCACCCACCGCAGGGCAACUGAGGCCAGGACAGGAGGACUCGGGCACCGGUGAGUUCGUGUGUGCGUAUUGCAGCCAGGUCUUUCAAAACUUGCGCGACUUAAAGACUCACGAAGGCAAGGCACACAAAAAGGUUAGGGAGAAAAUUGCAGACGUGCAAACCACCGAACAUGGAUACAAUGGACUUCCUCAGUGCAGGCACUGUGGUGACAAGUUCGCCAAAUGGCAUACGCGCCACAUCUCCAGGCCGGAGGAUCCACUGACACAGGAAGCGGACUUGUGGGGAGCUCUCCUGCCAUCACUUCCGGAAGGAGCGGCUGCGCUCCAGGAGGCAGCCAAGGCAAUGGCGGAAAGCAGCCAAAAAGACGGCAAACGACGACGAACGACAGACGACUCCGCUUUGACCUUCCCGCCGGGGCAGGGCAAAGGCAAAGGCAAGGGCAAAGGGAAGGGCAAGGCCAAGAAAGAAGCGGCCAAGAUGAGCUUGGACGAAACGGUGCAAUUGAUGGCGGCUGUGACCCUGCAGCUGGUGGACCAAAGCAGCCGGGUUCAGCUGGACACAAGCUUUCUCAUUACCAUCAAGAACGAGGGAGGUCCGGAGAACCUUCUUCCGGUCAUGUACAGGGUUUGGGCUCAGUGGAAGAAAAUCCAGGCCGAGGAGCCCAGCAAGCUGGAGCGGCCACUUCGCAGCAGCAUGCUGAUUGCACUUCUUAUGGAGAUGAAGGCCAGGGCGGAAAAGAUGCUGAAGGACCCGGCUCAGCAGGACAGGCUCAAGGCUCUGGAGUGGGUCGAUGCGGAGGGCCGUUGGGUUUACAAAAAGUGGAACCCGACUCAGGAGGCAUUGUUCACGGACAACAGCCGCAAACCGGUACCCCAGGAGACCUUCAUCGAGCAGCUGACCAAGGCCAUGCAACUUCUGAUUCGCCCGGAGAAUCUCACGAGGUUUCAGUCCAUGCGGGGCCUGACACCAGAAAUGAAGGGCUACUCAGUAGCUUUCGAGGUGGCAGUGGGCUUGAGGUCAGAGGCGGAACCGCUUCACCGCCUCUUUUGCGAGUGGACGGACCUCCAGGCUUGGGUGUUAGGGGCCAUCAGGAUUCGGCCGCACCGCUUGAAGUGCCCGCCGGUAGCAGACCGGCUUUCAGCCUGGCUUGGCAGUGACGGUGGGGAUCGUGAUCACAAUCGCCUGCUUCGGGCACUUGCAUCCCUGGCAGGCCUGGGUGCUGGCACUGGUGCCAACAAAACACAUCAGAUACUUAGCUUGAUGUCAUGGAGGCAGCUAUUUAUGGGGUGGAGCAGGCCGAAUAUGCAACAUGAUGCGAGCGAGUGGCUUCUACAUCUGCUUCGCAAGGGGUCUGAUGCUCCACGGGUCAGCCGAUGGCAAGCGGGUGCAUGGCUUGGAAAUCGCUUUGAAGUGGAAGAUGCAGGCGACAACAUUAUCUUCAUGCCAAUCUCAGGUGACGGCAUCGGCGGAGGAUGCACUCUCCAAGAGUGCGUCACAAAGUGGCAUCGUGCACCCUCGCGUGUGUGGGCAAAUACAGAAUGCAUUGCCUGCGUCCAUGAGUUUGAGACGCACGUCUGCAUUGCACUACAGCGCUUCUCAGUCCUGGAUAUAACGGUUCAGAAGUGUCAU